AUGCAUCGGAGACCGGCAAUGCGUGCCGCCAUCGUACUGAUACUGUGUGAGUAUUGCGCUUUGUCGUACGGUGUCCGAGGCCGGCCAGCUCAGGCACCGCAGGAAAGUAACGUGGCGCUACUGCUGAACAACCUGAGCGAGGCCACCCGGGAGCGAUCGGAUGAGGCCUACUUCGAGGAGGAUGAUCUAGGUGCGAUAAUGGCCAGUAGCGGAACUGGCAGCGGUAGCGCCGCCAACACCGACGAAAGGAUUCAUAAACGCUCCGGUGGGAUGAUGAGCCGCAUUGAAAUUCAGGGGGACGCAGGAGGCAGUAAUUAUACGACCUACAACGUCGGAGUCCUAAUGGCAUCGCAUUUGGAUUCACCUUUUGAUCUGGAACGGUGUGGUCCAGCUGUGGAUUUGGCGUUGGAUUUAAUCAAUGAUUUUCUUGCCAAAUCACACAACAUAAAGCUCACGAAAGUUCAAGCGAGCUACGCGUCCUGUUCGGGAGCGAAAUCGCCCGGUCUUGCAGCUGAUAUGCACUUCAAACACAAUGUGAUAGCCUUCAUCGGACCUGCCUGUGCCUUUGCGCUGGAACCGGUGGCACGACUGGCGGACUACUGGAACACACCCAUCAUCACCGGCAUGGGCGACCAGCCACCAUCGGAAGGGGAACUUUCGGUGACAUCUGGAAUAUUAGGUCGACUAAGCAAUAAAUGGAAAAACGAAAGUACGGGAAUCUUCAAGGACAAGUCGAAAUACCAAACGUUGACUCGGAUGUCGUACUGCCAGUGCCGGCUGAAGUUAGUUUUUUCCAGCAUUUUUCGACAGUUCGGCUGGAGACACAUUGCCCUGCUGCUGGAUCGAUCGGAUUUGUUCUCGCUAACUGUAGGCAAAAAUCUUGAGUACGGUCUGAAGGAGGAAAAUCUGCUGACCUUCGUACGGGAGCUGGACGGUAACGACGAGGAGGAUCUCGAUUACUAUCUACGUGAUGCCAGUAUGUAUGCUAGAGUGAUUAUCCUUUCCGUAAGGGGUAGCUUGGUUCGAAAAUUUAUGCUAUCCGCUCACCGGCUCGGAAUGACGAGAGGCGAGUUUACCUUUCUCGACGUGGAAAUCUUCCAGAGCUCCUACUGGGGUGACCACUACUGGGAGUUGGGCGACGAGGACGAUCAGGCGGCACGCAAGGCGUAUGAGGCACUGCUGCGCGUUUCGCUGCUGCAACCGACCAGUCCCUCCUAUCAGUACUUUGCCGAUAGGGUGAGACAGCGUGCCAAACGUGACUACAACUAUACUUUCGUGGAGGACGAGGAGGUAAAUUUCUUUAUCGGGGCUUUCUUCGAUGGCGUCUACCUGCUGGGAAUGGCGCUGAACGAAACCCUGAACGAAGGUGGAAACAUUCGUGAUGGGACAGCCAUAACUCGGAAGAUGUGGGACAGAAGCUUUGACGGUAUCACAGGCCACGUCCGGAUCGACGAUAACGGAGAUCGUGACGCUGAUUAUUCUAUUCUCGACCUGGAUCCAAUUACCGGCAGAUUUGAAGUGGUAGCACACUAUUACGGACGCACGAGCGAGUACAGCCCGGUAAAGGGAAAACGAAUUCACUGGCCUGGCGGACGAGAAGGACCCCCACCAGAUGUUCCCAAGUGUGGCUUCCUGGGAACAUCUCCUUCCUGUCAGGGGAAUGAAAUGAUUUUUUUGUAUGGAGUCAUCGGGUUCGGUAUCAUCUCUACAUUUGCAGCCGCUGUUACCUACAUUUUGUGCAAACAAAUGAAACUAAACAAUGAGUUGAACAACAUGUCGUGGAGAGUUCGACCGGACGAAGUACUGCUGGAAGUUGGUAAAUUAUUCGGCAGCAAAACAGGACUACAAAAAUUGAACUAUGAGAAUUUUUCUCUACAGCAAUUUGGCAGCUCCGGACGGGCUUCGAUUGCUAGUGGAAACUCACAGCUUCCGGCUCAACUUUUCACCACGAUUGGCAUCUAUAAAGGUGAGCGAGUGGCUAUCAAGAAGGUAGCAAAGAAAAAGGUCUACAUUACUUCAACUCUGCUGUGGGAAAUCAAACAAGCGCGGGACGUUAGCCACGAGAACACGGUGCGGUUUGUAGGUGCAUGUAUUGAUCUUCCACGACCUACGAUCUUGAUCCUGACGGAGUACUGCCCAAAGGGCAGUCUAAAAGAUGUUUUGGAAAAUGAAGCCAUUCAGUUAGACUGGAAUUUCCGAAUGUCUUUGAUCCACGACGUUGUUAAAGGCAUGGCUUACCUUCAUAACAGCGAUGUAGGAGUGCACGGAAAACUUAGAUCCUGCAACUGUUUGAUUGAUGGACGUUUCGUGUUGAAGAUUUCUGACUUUGGGCUACGUACUCUAACUACUCCGUCGGAACUUGUACGAGACCAAAAUUAUUACAACAAGUCUAUCCUUUCAGAGCUGCUGUGGGUGGCACCUGAACUGCUCCCAGCUACGGUCAUUCCCGGAACACCGGCUACUCAGAGAGGAGACGUCUAUUCGUUUGCCAUCAUUCUGGAAGAGAUUGUGGUACGAGGAGGACCCUACGAGACGGCGCGACAGUUUAUGGAUCCGCAACAGAUCGUGGAACGAGUUGUAGCACAUGAAAGCCCGCCAUUUCGCCCCUUUGUAGGCCAACGAGACUGUCCUCCGGAUUUGCUAGACCUGAUGGAGAAGUGCUGGUCCGACAGUCCGGAUGAUCGACCGACUUUCGUACAAAUCCGAGCUGCAGUGAAAUUAAUUAUGAAAGGUUUCUGCGAGAAUCUGAUGGACGAUCUGCUGCGUCGGAUGGAGCAGUAUGCAAACAAUUUGGAGAGUUUGGUCGAAGAGAAAACCGAACAACUCAGCAUGGAGAAGCGGAGAACGGAGGAACUGCUGUACCAGGUGCUUCCCAGGCCAGUGGCACAGCAACUGUUAGCCGGCGAAAUGGUUCAGCCGGAGCAGUUCGAGUGCGUCACAAUCUAUUUCAGCGACAUCGUCGGUUUCACGGCACUUUGUGCCCAAAGUCGUCCAAUGGAAGUUGUCGACUUUUUAAACGAUCUCUACAGUACUUUCGACAGGAUAAUAGGUUUCUACGAUGUGUACAAGGUGGAAACCAUUGGGGAUGCUUACAUGGUGGUGUCCGGUCUUCCGGAACGAAAUGGCCACGACCAUGCGCGGGAAAUCGGCUUGAUGUCGCUGGCUGUCCUGGAUGCCGUUAAGUCUUUCACCAUCAAACACAAACCCGAUCAGCAGCUAAAGAUCAGGAUCGGAAUUCAUUCGGGACCAGUUUGUGCCGGAGUUGUGGGACAGAAAAUGCCCCAUUACUGUUUGUUUGGUGAUACCGUUAAUACUGCUGCUAGAAUGGAGUCGACUGGACACCCUUUAAAAAUACAUGUUUCCGAAGCAGCAAAACACAUUCUUGAUAAAUUCGGCACCUUUCGACUGGAACUCCGGGGAGAAGUAGAAUUAAAAGGCAAAGGAAUCGUUACGACCUUCUGGUUGGUGGAAUGUUCGGAACCUGAUUUACGGCCACCGACACCGAUGAAAAGUUACGAAAGUGAAGUGCCGUUUCCCAUACUUUUUCCAGGAAUUGGAAAGUAG